AAAGAAAGAGCCCUUGUGCACUGAAGGGGGUGGGGGUGCGCAGUCUCCGCGACGGCGGCGGCGUAGCGCUGCGGGUCCUGAGCCUGCUUGCCUGUUGGCCUUGGGUCCCACCGCCAGCCAGCCUGUAAGUCUGCUGUGGCGGACGGAGGAACUGCGCUUCACAGAAGAGCCGGCCCUGCGCUGCCCGGAGGCAGGAGCAGAAGCAGCCUGAGGGGCCUUUAGCCAAAACCAAUCUGGGCAUGCUAUCCUCCCACCGCUUCCAAUAACCGCUGACAUCCCUACCGGGCAUCGAGCCGGGGCGGGGAGGUCUGCUCGGAAAUCGUCCUGGCCAACUCUGUCCUCCGAGCUGUAGCAGAUUGUGGCAUCGUUUUUUUACCUAGCACAGAGAAAGUGAGGCCGGAAAGAGAAAGAGGAGGCGGGGACACCCCAAAGAAUAAAUAAACAAACACUGGCUACUCGCUGCAGCUGGACACCGGUCAAUUGGGUUCAGGUUGGGUCGGAACUGAACCCCUAAAAGCGGGUCCGCCUCCCGCCCUCGCGCCCGCUCGGAGCUGAGUCCCUGGCGGCGGUGGGCGGCAGAGCAACGGGGAGUCUGCUCUCACCCUGGAUGGAGCUUAACUUUGAGUGGCCAGAGGAGCGCAGUCGCCCGGGGAUCUCUGCACGCUGAGCUCUCUCCGCGAGAUCCGGUGGCGGCUUUGGAUUUUGGGGGGGCGGGGACCAGCUGCGCGGCGGCACCAUGUUCCUAGCCACUCUGUACUUCGUGCUGCCACUCCUGGAUUUGCUGAUGUCGGCCGAGGUGAGUGGUGGGGACCGCCUGGACUGUGUGAAAGCCAGUGAUCAGUGCCUGAAGGAACAGAGCUGCAGCACCAAGUACCGCACACUGAGGCAGUGCGUGGCGGGCAAGGAAACCAACUUCAGCCUGACAUCCGGCCUCGAGGCCAAGGAUGAGUGCCGCAGCGCUAUGGAGGCCUUGAAGCAGAAGUCUCUCUACAACUGCCGCUGCAAGCGGGGCAUGAAGAAAGAGAAGAAUUGUCUGCGUAUCUACUGGAGCAUGUACCAGAGCCUGCAGGGAAAUGACCUACUGGAAGAUUCCCCAUAUGAGCCGGUUAACAGCAGGCUGUCAGAUAUAUUCCGGGCAGUCCCGUUCAUAUCAGAUGUUUUCCAGCAAGUGGAACACAUUUCCAAAGGGAACAACUGCCUCGAUGCAGCCAAGGCCUGCAACCUGGAUGACACCUGCAAGAAGUACAGGUCCGCCUACAUCACCCCCUGUACCACCAGCAUGUCCAAUGAAGUCUGCAACCGCCGCAAGUGCCACAAAGCCCUCAGGCAGUUCUUCGACAAAGUUCCAGCCAAGCACAGCUACGGGAUGCUCUUCUGCUCCUGCCGGGACGUCGCCUGCACCGAGAGGCGGCGACAGACUAUCGUCCCUGUGUGCUCCUAUGAAGAACGAGAGAGGCCCAACUGCCUGAAUCUGCAAGACUCCUGCAAGACAAAUUACAUCUGCAGAUCUCGCCUUGCAGAUUUUUUUACCAACUGCCAGCCAGAGUCAAGGUCUGUCAGCAACUGUCUUAAGGAGAACUACGCAGACUGCCUCCUGGCCUACUCGGGACUGAUUGGCACAGUCAUGACUCCUAACUACAUAGACUCCAGCAGCCUCAGUGUGGCGCCGUGGUGCGAUUGCAGCAACAGUGGCAAUGACCUGGAAGAUUGCCUGAAGUUUCUGAAUUUUUUUAAGGACAAUACGUGUCUCAAAAAUGCAAUUCAAGCCUUUGGCAAUGGCUCGGAUGUGACCAUGUGGCAGCCAGCCCCCCCAGUCCAGACCACCACUGCCACGACUACCACUGCCUUCCGGAUCAAGAACAAGCCUCUAGGGCCAGCAGGCUCUGAGAAUGAGAUUCCCACACACGUUUUACCACCGUGUGCUAAUUUGCAGGCACAGAAGCUGAAAUCCAAUGUAUCGGGCAGUACACAUCUCUGUCUUUCUGAUAAUGAUUACGGAAAGGAUGGUCUCGCUGGUGCCUCCAGCCACAUAACCACAAAAUCAAUGGCUGCUCCUCCCAGCUGCGGUCUGAGCUCACUGCCGGUGAUGGUGUUCACCGCUCUGGCUGCCCUGUUGUCUGUAUCAUUGGCAGAAACAUCGUAGCUGCAUCCAGUAUGAAAAGACAAAAGAAAACCAAGUAUUCUGUCCCCUGUCCUCUUGUAUAUCUGAAAAUCCAGUUUUAAAAGCUCGGUUGAGAAGCAGUUUCACCCAGCGGGAACUCCUUUGUUGUUUUUAAGAAAGCUUUUUGCCGCCCUCACAGGCUUCUGUUGAAGAACUGCUACAGGGCUAAUUCCAAACUCAGAAAACUCUGGGGCAUGGUGUGGCUUCAGGGGACUGUUUGUAACCUGGACUGUAAAGCAAGCUGAGCUUAUGUUUUUGAUGGUGAUGGUGGUGGUGAUGAUGAAGAUGAUAGUUUUAACAGCUUGAACCCUGUUCUCUCUACUGGCUAGGAGGAGGAGAUGCUAUUGAUAGAGAUUCUUCCGGAUCUUAUUUAAUAGCGUUGGAUUCUAAAGACAUGACUGCAGCCUAGUGUGGAUGGAUGACAAUUGGGGGUUGGCCUCAAGAGUGGACUUUGCAGACUCUAUCUUGUACUAACGUUCACCGUUCUAUGUAUGCUCUCCACAGAGUGUUUAUGUGAUCCCCAACAAAACAAAAAAGUCCCUGGUCACAUCCAGAUGUAGAAGCUACCAUUUAGCCCAGUAGAGGAGAGUGGGUGUGGUCCUUGCACAGCACCCGGGAUUGUUCACUGGUGCGCUCUCCUGAGCUUUGCUUGAGUGAGAAGCUGAAUGUAGCUGAAGAUCAACUCUUACCACUUCUUACACUUACGAGGUCACAUGUAGAACAAGCAUUACCAACUGUCAGCUCUCCAACUGUUAGCUUUCUACAUUUUGAAGGCAGCGAUACCGGUCCCAUGUUUUAAUGAUGGUUUAAUACACACAGCCCUUGCCCCUCAUCAGUAAUACUAGCUCCAGCAUCAACUUCAUGCAUAUGGCUCUCAUUAAAAGCAGGCCCCCAAGAAGCCCAGUGCUUUAGCAGAAAGCCACAUCACAUUUCUGUGGACAGGCAGGAUGAAAUAGAGCAGCCAGCCCAUGUCUCAUCUGUCUUGAGAUCAAGGCUGCCUAUAUGUAAGGAAUGGUUAGAUACUUGUAAAGGGUGCCACAGUAGACAGCGCUUCUGGCAGUUGAUAUAGCCCCAGUACAUGGGUUUUCAUGUUGUCUGGCAGAGACAGCUUGGAUUAGGACUGGCUGGGAUGGAGAUAUGCUGCCCUCUCUUUCACAGUUGAGUCCUGCCAGGGCACAUGGAAGUUUCUUUGCUUUUGACCACAACUUAGAACAGUUUGGAUUCAAGGUCACCAAGUAUCUCCUGUAUUUUGCUCUGUGUCCUUCAUGACAGACUGUCACACACAAAAGGAAUGGUAGGUUAUGGAUCUAGAGGGCCAGCACAGGGUCUGGGAAGGUGAACUGAAUGGCACAAGUACACAGAGCAGGAGGGGACGCUCGAGAAAAGACACACACACCAUCUCCUGGAGCCCUCCUCCUUGCCUGGGCAGACCCUUAGGCAUAUAUCUAAAGACUGCUUUACAUGGUCAGGCUCAGAAUUUGUUAAUGGUUGCGUACUGGCAACCAUGUUUCCUGCAAAGUGAAUAAGGGGGGGGGGGGAGAAUCUUCCUUCCCUUGAGCCCUAGAAGUAUGAUCUGGCCCCUCACCCUCCCACAGAGCAGGGAGCCCUGGUGCACGGUCUCCUGAUACCCGCUCUGCUCUCUGAGGUUUGCCUUUGGGAUAAUAAAUAACGAUUCACCUGGGAGGGACUCCUCUGGUGUCUGAAGUGCAUUUAUAUUGAAAUGUUUUUGAAUAACAAUGUAAAAUACUCAGUAGCAACCUCUUUUUCCCCUUCACAAUGUUUUUGAGGGGAAUGCAUCCAACAUCCAAGUGUACCUGAUCAGUGGGACGUUCCAUGAAGACUCAUACAUUGAAUAAACAUAUUCGAUGUGUCGGAACAGAAUGGCGGUCAUGAAUGGGAACAUAAUCUCUUACUGAUCAUAUUUUCGUUUUAAUUAAGAUAUAUACAUAUAUCUCCACUGCACUAAUUUCAUAAGGGUCUGAUUGGAUGUGAUCCGCCAUAGGAGGCUAUUGAUUACCUCUGCAGUAUAAUGCAGCUGUCAUUAGCUUCAGAGGGUCAGAGAGGAAACAGGAGCCCUGUGCUAACAAGGGGACUUCAGCAAGAACUCGUAGAUAGGCAACAUACAAAUUAAACUUUGAAGAGCACUGUCACCAGUAAAAAUUGCAUUUUCCUUUAGAGAUAAAAGCGACUGAGAGUUACCAAAUCCUCGAUUUGAAAACAAGUUGCUGAUGAAAUAAAAUAGUGAGAAGGACCCCAUUUAGGGACAUGUCAGAGAUGGCUACAAAACCAAGGCAAGCAUAUAGGUCUUCCAUUUGCUGUGGCCUCCUCGACAAAGCGCUUGCUUCAUCUCAAGACUAGAACAGGGAAACUUGGCCAUCUGUUAUGCACUCGACUUCCUCUUGGAGCGCCGCCCAUGAGCGGAAGUGAUUCCCUGCUUUCCCUGGUCAGAGACAGUUUUCGUCUGCUGAGGUUGGGUUCCUUACAGAAAGUCCUUUGCGAAGUUGAUUUUACUGACAGUUGCGUCCACACAGUGACUCGGAAUCCAGCCUACGUCGGGGAGAGACAAAGGUGAUGGAGCCACUUUGAGCAGAAGCACAUUCAUUCUGUUUGACCUUGAAUGUCCUUGAGAAGAUGGAGUUUGAGAGUCUUUUUAAGAGAGCACACGAGAGGACAAGUGCACAACACAGAGGGAAUUUGGAAUGCUGGCUGUUUAUAUUUCCACAUCUGAUUUUUUUCCAAACCUCAAAUAAAAAAAAUAUAGACAUUAAA